GAGAGGGAGGGAGGGAGGGGGGCGCUUCUGUGUUUCCUCCCUUUUCUCCCCGGCUCUGGGUGCUACGUGAUUUCUUUGUCAAUGAAGCGCCUCUUCUCAGCUGCAAUAGCAUUCACAGCCCCAGAGCGCGAGCCUCAGAGCAAGCGGGAGCUGAAGCCCGAGCCUGAGCGCGAGUGAGAGGCCGGAGGGAAGGAGAGACAGUCUUGCCAGCCCACUCCCAGCUAGCAUCUGCCGCUGCCGCGGCCAGGAAGAGACCCAGCGGAGAGGUCCCCUGCCCUCCUUGCCCACAUCCCCCGGACAGAGUCCAGGUGUUCGCUGAGCGCCGGAGCGAGGGGGCUGAUUGGGCACGGGAGGCGGAUCCGGAGGCGCCUGAGGCAGAGGCAGCGUGGGAACCCCAGUUCGUUGCCGGCUAGGACGCAGCAGCGGCGGCAGCUGCUCGGGCGCCUGGAUGCCGCCCGCAGCCCCGGCGCGCUGAAGCUUUGGGCACUCCCGCAGCGGCGGCCACUCCAGCCUCGGAGCCAUGGCCCGAGAUGCCCCGUGAGCUGGCCGGCCCGGGGCGCGGACGUCGGGGGAGGAGGCGAGGCUUUGCUGCCCCGGCGCUUCCCGGAGGACGAGGACUGGGAGGUGGCGGCGGCGGCGGCAGCGGGCUGCAUUGAUGUGUUCGGUGCCCCCAUGGCUCCCCAAGGCCAGCGGGGCGCGGGCCCGGGGGCGCACGGGGCCAGCCGGGCCGCAGGUAGCCCCAGGCCGGCGGCCAGGGCUAUGCCGCCCACUCCUCCGCUGCCGCCGCCACCGCCUCCUCUGCUGCCGCCCCUGCUACUGCUUCUGCUGCUGCUCCUGGCGCUGGCCGAGCACGGCCGCGCGGCGGACCCCGGUACCAACCAUUCGUGGAUGAAUGUUACCCUAACCCCACACUCAUUUGCAAACCUUCGGCGAUCUACAUCAACAUCACCAACAUGGCCUUCUUGGGAAUUAAAGUCUUCCUCAAAUGUUGAUAGGCUCAAAGACCCCAUGAGACAUUUCCCUGAAAAUGCAAGCUUGCUUCAGAUAAUCAGAUCCACUCUGGCUCAUCCUCCCUCUAGAACUAGGUCUCAGACAGAUUUCUCUUCUGCCCUUUACCAAGGGAGUGGGCAUAGUGCACCCCUGGAUCCUCCCAAGGAGUUGGCCCAGGCUCUCGCCCAUCCAAGACUUCGAGAUUCGGAUGAAGUAGCUGACGUGUCAGGUUUGCCUCAACCCAACAUGUCUGUCCCAUUGUCCACAACACCAUCUGUGACAUUGUCGAGUGCUGUCCUAUCAUCUCAGCUAAUGCCAUUAGGACCACCUUCCAUUCCAAACCAGCACACACCAGGGUCAGACAUUGUCUCAGCUCUUCCAUCCCCAUCACUCUCUUCAUCUGUUCCUGGCUCACCUCAUACUAUCAUAUUUUCUAAACCUACUAAGCUACCAGUCAAAGUGCCUUCAUUCCCCCAGAGAGCUCCCCAUGAUUCUUCCCAUAGAAAAAGUACAGAUAAUCCCUUAGAUCCUCUUUCCAGUAAAACAAAUCACCCUCCAUCCAGAAAGGCCCAAGAAUUAACAGACAGACUCAGUCUGGAUUUUUCUGGAUCUACAACAGCACAGUAUUCUAGACUGGUCCCAAGUGAGAGACUGAACCUAGAAAGCCCAUCUACAUCUGUGUUUGUGAAUUCCAUGCCAGACAUACCCCAUCUGUCUUCCUCACCAGUUGCGCCUGGAAGUCUACCUUGGCUUCCAAGUCAAAUCCCCACAUUGUUGAAGUUCACAGAUGUGUCUUCUUCAGGCCCAGUCCACACUCAACCAUUCAAAUCAAGAGUGACUAAAAGGGCCCAUGGCAGUGUGUCCUGGCCGGCUUUUGAGAGUUCAUCAGAGAUGCCUGAAGUGGGGUCCAGACUUGUCCAAAGCAUAGAUGGAGGAACUGCUUCAAUGGAAAGGAGACACAGUCCAUCCAUCCAUGCUACAUUAAACAAGCCUGUUCAUUUGUCACCAGCUUCUGAGGAGGUGGGAGCAGUGUCCCAAUCUGUGAAACGUGGCCCUUCCUCUUUGGGGCCAGCCACUUUGUCUUUGGUCACUGUUGGUGAAGCAACUGCUACUCAUACCACUUCUUCAUCGGCAACAAAAAAUGAACCAACCUCUCUGUCUACAUCUGAUUUCCCAUGGCAGUCAUGGAGCAGGGCAUCUACUCUACUUGUGGCAGCAAAAAAUCCAACUUUUAAAGAAAAGGACAAGGAUGGGACUCUUGCAAACUUGUUCCUCAUGGAGUCAGGCCAGUCCUCUAUCCAAUAUUCUACAACUUCAAGUCUUCCCCCAGGAAAAGAAGGCAGCUUGAUGGGUGUUUUUAUGGAAAAUGAAAAAGCCAAUAUGGUGGUAUCUCCUCCUCAGGAGGCUACCAGCCAAUCCACUUUGAUUGAGACCACAUCAGAUUUGACCACCAAUCACAUUCCAGCUGCGAUCAUCACAGAACCACAAGCGAGUCUCACUCUCUCAGAGUUGCCUGUUCCUCCUAUCCCACCAACAGAGCAGUCAUUCAUGGCUUUGAGGUCUUCUCCCAUUGUGGAUGCUAAGUCUGAGAUCAUGGUGGCCCCUGCAAAUCCUGCUAGAAUCACCACAUCAGCCUCUAAGCAAGAGGCAGCAGUUCUUUCUUCAGCCCAUACUCUUCAUUCUUCUGUACCAGCAAAAACCCAAGGGUCAACAAGCACAGCUCUUUCCCAGAGUUUUCUUUCAGGAGAAACUGGGUCCCAUUUCUUAGAAUCAGCAAUUCCUGUCUUGGCUCACCAAAAAGAUUAUAGUUUAAAUGGACAUGAAAAAAGGCCCACAUCAUCAGUAACCCAUUCUGCCAAAGCCAGUGCUCUCCAUAGCCCAAAUUCUACUGCCAAAGUGAUACAUUCUCCAGAUGUCAGAGAUGCUUAUUUGCAUCCUACCUCUGCUAAGGAGUUCAGUGUUCAGCAUCCAUCCCUUAAUCUAAGCACAGGACAAGCCAUACACCAUUCCAGAGUUACUACAAUUGGAAACUCUACAGACUUUUGGCCCACAAACCAUAAAAACAUCACCCGUGACCCUGAAACAUCACUCAGACCACUCCUCGCUAUGCAGGAAGCUUUCACAACUAUCCGUCAACAUCUUUCACGUCUUCCCUCAAAAUCGCCUCCACUUUUGACAUCUCUUCCACCAGCCUUGUCAGAUUUAACUCCCCCCAUCAGCCUUCAGGAGAAGCUUCCCGGGGAAACAGAGACAAGAACCUCAUUUGCCAGUACUCGCCAUCCAUCGCCUAUGAUAAACACUUCUGUGCCAUUCCAGCGUGGCCAUAAGCCUUGGACAUUUUCUGCUGCUGUUCUUCCUACACUAACCCAUGCCUUAUUCAAGACAGCACCUAAAGUACCACUGACUUCUCCAGUCCCUGAGAAUUGGACUGUUGCAACUGCUCAUGCAAGUAGUUUGGUUCCUGGUUCCCAACGCUCAGCAUACUCUUCUGUGUCCCCUGAGGUGGUGCCAACUGUAGCAUCAACAUCAGCCACACGUUUUAUAGGAAAAUAUACUCUGUCCGCUUUGUCUGCAGCCUUAGUGUCCAAGGGGACUGAAAAUAAACUCUCUGUUCCCUCAGCAAUGGUAGCCAAGAGCACCUUGACCCCAGUGCUGGCUAAAAAUGGUACUCCCAUUGGAACACCAGGCUCCCAGAUGGUUGCAGGUACGAUCAAGACAGUCGAGACUCCCACAGUGCCCCCCUUUGCACCCAUGUCCCAGAGAACCACACAGGCAAAUGUGAUCACAGCUGCUGCAAGGUUGUCAACAACACAUUUCCCUGGUAAAUCUCAAGCCAUGCAAUCAGACUUCCACAAAUCGACCAACUCAGAAACUCCCAGAACCUCUACCGCCUUCCCGCUGACGAUCAUGGCGGCUUUGACAUCUAUUACUACAUCAGGAAAGGUGACUAAACUCCCUCCCUUACCUGUGGAAAACACAUCAACUGCUCUCCCAGUGGCUUCAACUACUGCAGUCACAACUGGCAAAACCACCUUGAAUCUAGAGUGCCAGAUGUCCAGGAAACUGAUGGUGAAGACAGUUCUCUUUCUAACCCAGAGGAAAUCGCAGAUCAGUGAUCCCCUGAAGCCUGACAUAGCCAAAGGACUCACACAAGCGCUGCAGAAAGCUUUCCGCCAGACUGAUAUCUAUGCACACGUGGAAAUUCUGGAACAUUCCCAUAAUGUGACAGUGGGUUAUUAUGUUACGAAGGGGAAACUGGUCUAUAUCCCUGCUGUGGUUGUUGAGACCCUGCUUGCUUAUGGCAUCAGCAAUGUCACUGCUGACUUGAAGCAGCAUCUAGCAAACCUUCAGUCAGUGGCAGUGCUGGCCUCACCAUGGAACCUCCAGCCAGCCUACGCCUUCCAGCUAAAGACAGUGCUGCAAUUUGUGGGGCAGUCUGACAACAUUCAGUCCUGCAAGUUUGCUCAGACCAUGGAGCAGAGACUACAGAAAGCAUUUCAGGAUGCAGAGAAAAAAGUUCUAAGUACCACUAGCAACCUGACUGUCGAGAUUUUGAACACGUCCAAUGCCUCCCAGGCGGUUACCUUGACUUACGCUGUUUGGAACCAGAGCACGCUCCUCAACGGCACCGUCUCCAGCAGCCUCCUGAGCCAGCUGUCGGCAGAGCUGGUUGGCUUCUAUCUCACUUACCCUCCCCUGACCAUCGCAGAGUCCUUGGAAUACCCCAACCUCGAUGUCUCAGAAACAACUAGAGAUUAUUGGGUGAUUACAGGUAAUUUGAGUUCUUUCUUCUUAUUGAUUUGGUCUGACAACUGCAUGUCUUUCAGUGGUGUGUUUGACCCUUUUUAUUCAUGUCUGACUUACUCAUCAGAGGUUCAUUCUCCUGGACUAAUUCACGUGUGUUCUUCCUUAGUGCCUGUGAGUGAUGAAGAGGAAGGAGUGGGUCUCUUUGACAGCACGGGCAAGGCAGUGGCUGAUCCAUUUGAUACUUCUUCGGGCUCUGUACAACUGAUCGCUAUCAAGCCAGCGGCACUGGCCCCUGCCCAUCCGGCGGUGUCCGAGCGGAGCCAGGAGUCCGCCAUCAUUAAUGGAGAGGUGAACAAGGCCUUGAAGCAGAAGUCUGACAUUGAACAUUACCGCAAUAAGCUACGCCUGAAGGCAAAGCGGAAGGGCUAUUAUGACCUCCCCCAGGUGGAGGCUAACAAGGGUCUGACGGAGAGAAAGAUGUACGAGAAAGCACCAAAGGACAUCAUCGACCAUGUCUUGGAUCCCGAGCCAGAGGCAUCCUCUCCCUUUGGCGAGCCGAAAAACAGGCAACAGAUGAAGAACUCUGUGUACCGAAGCCGGCAGUCUUUAAACAGCCCCAGUCCAGGGGAAACUGAGAUGGACCUCUUAGUGACACGGGAGAGACCCCGACGAGGAAUCCGUAACAGCGGCUAUGACACUGAACCUGAAAUCAUAGAAGAAACCAACAUCGACCGAGUGAACGAGACUCGAGGCUACCCAAGGUCCCGCCAGGUGAAAGGUCAUUCAGAGACAUCCACCCUCAGUUCUCAGCCGUCCAUCGAUGAAGUCAGGCAGCAGAUGCACAUGCUGCUGGAGGAAGCAUUCAGCUUGGCCUCUGCUGGCCAUGGUGGGCAGAGCAGGCAACAAGACACUUACGGUUCAGCCCAGCACUUCCCCUACUCUGAAGUAGUAACGAGUGCCCCUGGGACCAUGACCCGAUCAAGGGGUGGAAUGCAAUGGGUGCCUACCUACCGACCAGAAAUGUACCAGUACAGCCUGCCGAGGCCGGCCUACAGGUUCUCUCAGCUUCCUGAGAUGGUCAUGGGGUCUCCUCCACCUCCCGUUCCUCCUCGGACUGGUCCUGUGGCCGUUGCUUCUCUCAGACGGUCCACUUCUGACAUUGGCAGCAAGACCAGAAUGUCUGAGUCCAGUGGCCCUGAGCAAACCCAGCUGCAUGACGGCACCCCCUUUGCCCAGGUUUCCAGAGGUCCGGUCUCCGUCACUCCGUUGGACCAGUCUCCUUUAAAUUACUCAGGAAGCACGGUUCCAGCUGUGUUUGCCAUUCCAGCUGCAAAUAGACCUGGAUUCACGGGCUACUUCAUCCCCACACCACCGUCAUCCUACCGGAACCAGGCUUGGAUGUCAUACGCAGGAGAGAAUGAGUUACCAGGGCAGUGGGCAGAUUCGGUUCCACUCCCAGGUUACAUCGAAGCCUAUCCCCGGUCACGCUACCAACAGACAUCCCCUUCGAGACUCCCCCGGCAGUACAGCCAGCCCACCAACUUGCACCCAAGUCUGGAGCAGGCCCCCAUGGCCUCCACCGCAGCAUCUCAGCAGAGCCUGGCAGAGAACGACACUUCCGACGCUCCGCUGACCAACAUUUCCACGGCAGCCCUGGUGAAGGCUAUCCGGGAAGAGGUCGCCAAGCUGGCCAAAAAGCAAACAGACAUGUUUGAGUUCCAGGUCUAACACUUGGGAGUUCUCUACUCUUGUGGCCAUUGAAUUCUGAACCAUGGAGCCUGCAAAGAGACACGGACACAUGUCUACCGUCUGUUUUUCAGUCCACACUUGGGAGAAGAGGCGGUUUUCUACCCAACCCAUCACUUUGAGAAAAGCUGAACUCUGGGGUUUUUGCUAAAAACAUGGAGUAACUUCCUGAAUAGCAAAGCUUUGGAUCUGUCAAAGAUGUCUUGCCUGGUAACCGUGUUUGAUAUGCUGAUACCUUAAAUCCCUGGAGUAUGAUUGUAUGUCCUUAGAAGCCUUAGGCAUGAGAGAUGCUAUCUGGCCGAUCGCUCUUCAGUGCCAUAUUUCAUAAGUAAUCGGAGAGAGGACAAAACCCAGACCUGACUACCAGGACCUCUGCAUGCUUAAUCUGUAUUUCUAUGAUAAAACACUGAGGACGAACGCCAGACUGCGUUCUUUCUCAUUGGAACAAUAGCAAAAUUUAAAGAAACAAAAAUCAUCUCUAAACUUGGGAGAAGGAAAACCAAAUCAAAUCGAGUAACUUCGGCCCUUUUUAUUGCAAACUCAUGCUCAAACCCAAGCGAAAUUUCCAUCUCUGGUUCUCACCAAAUGAUCGCCCCUGUAAAUAGCCCCAACUCAGUUUCUCGUUAACCGUACAAUGGCCCGAAAGCAGAGAAGAUGGGGUGGGAGACUGAUUGUGAAGGCGUGAUUGGUGUCUGCCGAGUUCUGAAAGGCUCCUGUUGAGCAUCUGAAAAAGUGUUGGCAUUUGGGGAAUAGAAAUCAUUGUGAGUUAGACUGAAGAUCUAACAAAAAAAGAAGAAAAAGAAAAAGAAAAAGGAGAGAAAGAGAGAGAGAGAGAGAGAGGAUUGGUGCAAAGAGCUUUGGGGAAUUCUACCAAUGAAAGAUGGUUAUUUGAAUCUGUUUUCUUUGCCCUACAUUGAAAGUAGCCUGAGAACCAAGCACCUCUUUCUCUCUUUCUCUCUCUCGUGGAAUAAUAGGUACAUCCACUCUCACAAGGAAACCUCUGUUUAUCACGGAGCUGUCCAGCUCUCUCAAACAAUGCUGUUCAGUAAGUGCUGCCAGGUGUCUCCAAAUAAAACUGUGAUUGAUGUCUGUUCAGACUGGGACAUGUGAAUGCAGACUUUCAAAUUCCCAGCCGGUGUUUGUCGAAACUUUGGAAAAUGGACAACCUGUUGACUUUACGGUCCGAUGUAAAUCAAUGAAAACAAAUAUAUGAAUUUAACCAAAUCAGCUUGUUCAGUGGAAGCAGGGGCUUGAGGGGGUAGGGGAGGAGGGCUGGUAUUUACUCAGAUUGCAGACUGCUCACCGUGCUGGGCUUUAAUGUUGCUACUGGAAGGGAAUCUGACCUCUUGAGCUCAUUGUACAGGACACGUCAUCCCCCUGAGCUACUGAACAUGUCCAGAAUUCCUUUACCCCAAGUCAAAUCAAAUAAAGUAACAUCCUGACCUCGGGCAGUACUCUGGGUUCCUUCAUUGAGAAACCAACUUCAGUAGCUGAAGCCUCCGGUGUUGGGGAUGUCCUUGACACCCAUUGAAUGAUGUGCUAAUGGCCUCUCGUCAUCCCGUAAUCCAUUCAGCUACAGCCAUACCUACAUUCUUUAUCUGAGCCGAUCACCUCAUUCUCUGCCUGAGUUUCUUUGGUCUUUAACUGAGAUGAAAAGUCAAAGUUGGGUUAGCUUGGGGGGUCUGCCUAAAAUCUGAGAGAGGGGAAGGUUCAGGCUUUAAAGCACACACAGACUUUUCAAACCGAGCAGUUGUUUGUUUGGAAGACCAAGAGCCCACUUCGGAUAAUACGAGAGAUGGCGGGAGGAUCCCACAUGGCUCUCUUGGUCAGACCACCUAGAAUAGGGAGGAACCUUUUGGUAAUGUGCUCGAUUUUUCCAAAUGUUAGUGGUUUUUGUUAUUUUAAAAAAAUCCGAUAUAAAUAAAAUGUAUUUUUAUAAUGUCCAUGUGUAUAUACUGUAUAUUUCUACCAGGGGCCAAUUCGCUAUUGACUAAGAACUAAAGUCAACUUAUAAGGCGGCAAGACUUUCCUUGAACAAUUGUAAAAAGUCAUGUGUAAACUUCAUCUUAGCUAGGCAGUCAACUAACGUGAAUGCAAAAAAGAGCCAAAGAAACUCAGCCUUUCAUACAAAUAGGUGUUGGUCUGAUAGUCGGUUAAUUCUCCCAAGUCGCUUAUUAAUGCUAAUAUAUCAUCAGUGCUGCUCGGUCAAUCCAGAUGUGUUCGUCUCCAUCCAAGUGGUGUUUGCCUGGAAAUCCUGUAUGUCAAAUAGAAGCUUCAAGACAAUUGUGCAUCUUAAAUAUUUAUGCUUGGGGAUGAAAUCUCUGAGCUCUGGACAUGUUAGAGAUGAUAAUGAAUGCAUGUAAAAUUCAUGGACAUGUAAGUGAGGGUCCUCGGCCUUUACCUUACCACAAGUUUGAAUUUUUUUCAUAUAAUUUUUACAAAAAAAAAAACAACUGUAUCUCCCUGUUUCCCCAGGAAGAGUUAUUAAAUCUUUGAAGUCAAUUCUAGUCAAUUAUAUUUUUUUAAUCUAUUGGGAAAAUGCCAGCAUUCAUCCUAAGAAAGAUUCUAGUGUGUUCUCUCUUCCUACCUGUGUUCAGAAAGACUCUGUUAACUUGUACUCCUAAAUAUUAGUGCUGGGAAAGAGCCUCUGAAAUCAUCUCAAAUCGAGCCCCUACUCAUUUUACAGAUGAGGAAACUGAGACCCAGAGAGGAUAAGGUGAGUUACCUCGCCUGGGUCUACCAGUCAACAAGUAUUAAGUAGCUAUUAUGUGCCACUUACUCCUGUUUGCCUCAGUUCCCUCAACUGUAAAAUGAGCUGGGGAAGGAAAUGGGAAACCACUCCAGGAUCUUGGUGAAGAAAACCCCAAAUGAGAUCUAAGAGCAUCACUACGACUAUAAAACAAUUGAACAACCAUGAGUCAGGCACUGUGCUAGGCACUGGAGAUGCAAAGACAAAAUAAAAUAGUCCCAUUCUACAGGGGGGAAUGAUAUUUCACACAAAAGUAUAGGCAUAAAGUAAUCAAGGGAUGUUUGAUUUCUGAACCUCUGAUCAUCCUAUUUCUUUCUUCUUUUUUUCUUAAAAUAACCCUUACCUUCUAUCUUAGAAUCCAUUACUAAGUAUGAGUUCCAAGGCAGAAGAGCGGUAAGGGUUAGGCAAUUGGAAUUAAGUGACUUGACCAAGGUCACACAGGAAGCAUCUCAGGCUGGAUUUGAACCUAGGUCCUCCCAUCUCCAGUCCUGAUUCUAAUCUCCUGAGCCAUCUAGUUACCCCUGCCCCAUGCUUUCCAACCAUGUUUUUAUAACGUACAUCUAUACUUUUUUUUUUGAAGAUAAGAUCACAUCUUCUUAGAGUAUAUGGACAAUAUCUCCUUUAUUGACACUUCUGAAUUUGAUACAUUCUUACUGGACUCAGUGGCAUGAUAUAAAUGGGUUGCUCCAAACACAGUGAGUGCUCUGAGGUAGCGAAGAUUUCCUGAUUUUGAAAAGUAUAUUAUGGAACAGUUGGUUGACUGAAUGGAUAGAAAGCCAGGUCUGGAAACAGGUUGUCCUGGGUUCAAAUCUGGUCUCAGACACUUCCUAGCUAUGUGACCUUGGACAAGUCACUUAAUCCUAAUUGCCUAGCCCUUACCUCUCUUCUGCCUUGGAACUGAUAUUUAGUCUCAAUUCUAAGACAGAAGAUAAGGGUUUAAAAAAGAAAAGUAGAUUAGUAAAACAUUUGGGGGGUUCAGGAAGGGGAAAUUUAGCAAGUACAAUUUGUGGCACAUGAAAGCUUGUUAUCCCUUCACCAGAUGAUAUUUGAAAAAAGUUUAGGCUUUGUGCUUUGAUUCAGUAGAUCUUAUAUCCAAAAGAUGUUUCUACCCAACAUGGAUUGAUUCCAUGCCCCAGACUACCCACAGAAUCACAGUCACAAUGUUGGAAGGAAUCUCUGAGGUUAUCCAAACCAACCAAUCUCUGACCAAGAAUUCCCUCUACAAAAUCUGACUGCAGAUACUUCCCAGCUGUGUGACCUUGGGCCAGUCACAUAACUCCGAUUGCCUAGCCCUUAUCACUCUUCUGUCUACACUAAGGCAGAAAGUAAGGGUUUUUUUUUUAAUUUCCCUCUACACCACAAUCAACAAAUGGUCAUCAACCCUGUCUCCCAUGCCAAAAGAGCCCAUUCCACCUGGAGAUAGAUCUAAUUAUUAGGAAGUCUUUCCUUAUGCAAAACGAAAGGAAAGGAAUAUAGCAUCUACUGUUUUAAGUGUUUUAAAUAUCUCAUUUGAUCCUCAGAACCUUGAAAAAAAGGUGUUGUUGUUAAUAAAAAUAUUAAUGUUAUUAAAUCAUAUUUAUCAAAUGAGACAUUUGUAAAGCAUAGUAUCUGCCACCUAGUAAAUGAUAGUUAAAUGUACUUACUUAUUAAUUAUCCCCAUUUUACAGUUGAGGAACCUGAGGGAAAGAGAGGUUAAGUAAUUUGCCCAUAGUCACACACCUAGUGUCUAUGGUCAGAUUUGAACUCAGGUCUUCUUGACUCCAUGCCCACUGCUCUCUCCACUGGUCCCUUCCCUGCCACAUGAAGCCAGUCUGCUCCUACAACUUCCACUAAUUACUCUUGAAGGCUAGAAAUAAUCUCAUUCUGUGGCACAAGGAUCAAAAGUUAAACUCGGGGGCAGCUGGGUAGCUCAGUGGAUUGAGAGCUAGGCCUAGAGAUGGGAGGUCCUAGGUUCAAAUCUGGCCUCAGACACUUCCCAGCUGUGUGACCCUGGGCAAGUCACUUAACCCCCAUUGCCUAGCCCUUACCACUCUUCUGCCUUGGAGCCAAUACACAAUAUUGACUCCAAGAAGGAAGGUGAGGGUUUAUAAAAAAAAGUUAAGCUCUUAUAACCCCCAGUAGGUAAAACUGUCACAGCUGGAAUAGGAGUAGAAGGAAAUAUUUGAAACUUCAUCUCAACAAAACAAAGAAGGAAAUCUCUCAAAGUUCUUAAUCUAACCAUAUGAUCAAAACUAUUUGUAAUAAAAUAUUUUAAGUAAUUUAUCUAAUUUGUUCUCCUUCCAGUCUUCUUAUCCCUCUACAUCUGUCAGUGUAAUCAGUAUAUAUAGAUAUAUAGAUUAUGUAUAUAUAUCUAAUUCUAGAUCUUUUUCCUUCCAUUUGUAUUAUUUAAAGUCUUUCUUGAUUUCUGUAUAUUCUUCAUUUGUCAUAACUUAAUAGCAUGAUAAUAUCACAUUACAAUGAGUUUAGCCUUCUUAUAACCAUUAAAUAUGUUCUUUCCAAUUUUUUCAUUGCUCCAAAUAGAAUAGCUAUGAAGAUUUUGUGCAGUUUAUUGGAAUCAAAUGGGAUCAUGGGGUCAGAGAUUAUGAUAAAUUUUGCAUUUUACUAUGUGUUACCAGAAUGCUCUCCAAAAGAUUACAUCAAUUUACAAUUCUACCAACAAUGUAUGAGUGUGUCCAUUUUGUUUCUCUUAGUUUUGCUAAUUUGAUAAGUAUGACACAUUAAUUUGUAUUUAGUCCCGAGAGGACUUAAACAAAUUUCAAGUUAUCAAGAUAUAAUUUGUUUCAUCUUUUCUACAUUGAGUAUUCAUAUCCUUUAUGCUUUAUCUAUUAGAGAUUUCCUGAGUGUCUUAUAAAUGUAUAUCAAUUCUGUAGAGAUUUUGAAAGUCAAAUUUUUGAGAAUUAUAAAAUAAUAAGCAUUUAAUUACUAGCUACUAGGCGCCAAGUUCUGUGCUAAGGUCUAGAGAUAAAAAUUUUAACAAUA